AUGGCUAUGAGGACUCAAGAUGAAGACACUCUUUCACCUGAAGACCUUCACGCAGUGCUGUCUUGUAUGGACAAGGCAAAUGCAUAUGGGGAUCAUUGUUUAGAUGGGCUGAGCUUGAAAGUACUCACAGAUGAAUCCCCGUGUAAGCCAUCUAAGGUUCUGUUCUCUUGGAUUCAGUCAUGUUAUGAUGCCAUUGACAGACAAUAUCUUCGCCAGCUAACAUUAGUAAUAUAUGAAGACCCUUCUCAGCCUGAUGUUGUCCUUGAAACUUACACUUACAAGUUCAAGUACACUGGUGGUGGGGCCCCAGGAGUAGAAUUUUCAUCCAGUUCAGCUCAACCCCAAGAAAUGAAGUUUGAUGUUCGGAAGCCUACGAGGAAAAUGCUGAGGACAAUUUUCCUUUUAACACAGUCUUUGAGGCCUCUUCCAAGGAAGGUGCAUCUUGGGAUGAGACUCAGCUAUUAUGAUGAUGUUACCCCUCCAGACUAUGAACCUAAAGGUUUUGCAACAGCUGCUUCCAGUGACUUUCAGCAUGAAGAUGAAAGCAUCAAUAUUGCAGCAGGAGAAGUGAACACCCGUUAUCACAAUGUUAAAGUCCGGGUUUCUGUUGACAAGAAACAUUUUUAUGGUGAUGAAAAAUCUGCUGAAGAGACUGCUGCACAGGAGGUGGAGGAACAGGAGUCGUUAAACCCUCAUUCAGAUAAUAUAGUCCGAAGAUAUGGGUACAGAUUGGUCUCUCAGUCGUCAGACACAUCAGCCCCUUUUUCUCAGGUGAAAUGCAUUACUGGCAUGAAGCAGCAAACUGCCGAGGGAAGUGAUGCUUUAAGAUGUCCUACAACAGCCAAGGGUAGUAGUGUGAAUUCAGAUAUCCCCUCAAACAUGAAUGGAAACCUUGAAACCCAGGCUUCAGAAAACAUUGAUGGUAAUAAUAUUCUUCCACAAACCCCUCCGUCUAGUGCUUCCUACAGGGUCCCUGAAAUGUCUACACAAAAGACAUUGGAUAAUCCAGCUUCAUAUCCAUCAACUUCUUAUUCCAAUGCUCAGACACCCACUAGACAAACCUAUAAUACUCCAGCAUCUUCUUCUAGUAUUCGAAGUGUUAUGGUGCCUUCACCAUGCAUACCUGAUCCGGACUUCCCUGUGCGUUGUCCCUGUGGAGUUAAUUUGGAUGAUGGGUUAAUGAUCCUCUGUCAUUUCUGUGGAAACUGGCAACAUGCGGUUUGUUUUAAUAUACUGGAAGAAGAAGAAGCACCAUUUGAACACAUUUGUGAAUUGUGUUCAAGACCUUCUGCCCCAUGCACUGAUCCAGCACUUCUUGAAGAACAAGAUGUAAGUUAG